GUUGCCUCUCUUGACAGGGCGCUCUCUUUUAAAAGGAGGAAGAAUUAUGACAACAUUUUCAAAAGACAAAAGUUGAGAAACACCGGUAAAAAGUUUGGAAUUAAUCUCGUACUUGAAAAUAUUUAUUGGAACCAUCAACAUGUCAAAGCGCCUCACCCCAAGUUAUUAUAUUGUUCAUGACUACACAGAUGAUAAUAAUCAAGAAGAUGUCGAAAUGGAGUUGGAAAAAGCUUUAGCAAUGCAGGUGAAACACAUAAUCAUUGAGCCUUAUAGACUAGGAAAUGAAACUGCCUCUUGGAUUAAAAUGGGAAAUUUCCUCCACAAAGCUUCUGUUGUUAGUGGUGUCAUUUCAUUAUCUACUGGAUAUUUCCAAAAGGAUCUGUUCUCAUUUCCCCUUGCUGCUGCCAGCUUUCUCACCGCCGGUGUGUACGCAGUGUCAUGGGCCAGCGAUCCUUGUUGCAAAUAUCAGUUAGAGACAAAUAUCAGAAAAGUCCAAAGACUGCAAUUGCAAGACUUGACUUCGACGUCACAAGUGAUUCUUGUUCGAAGAGAUGACAGUCGACGGAAAUAUUUGCAAAACAUUGUGUCCAUCUCGGCCAUACUACUCUGUGCUUACAAAGUGUACAGUGUGUACUACUCAUGAUGAUUCUUGUUUUAUUGUUACUAUAUAAUAAUUGCAAAAUAAAUAAAACAACUGUAAAAAUUUCA